UUUAUUUAACAGAACAAUGACAGUAAUCCACCAGUUCCUCAACAUGAAACUUAUUUUAAACACCAAACAUAAAAGUAGUUUCUUUCACUGUUCAGACUUUGGUGUUUUCAUGAAAGUGAGUUCUCUGUAAAUCAGGGAGGAGGAGGUUCUCCGCGCGGAGGUCGGUGCAGGAGCCAGACCCGGAUCAGGAGGAACCGUUCGGUCCAAACUGUCCGUCAUGGAGGUUCCUGCCAUCAACCUGAAGGCCAUCGUCCUGGUACAUUGGCUGCUCACUGUUUGGGCAUGCAUGGCGUGGCCCUCGUUGUCCUUCAUGUGGGGGAACUUCAGCGUCUUAGCGGUGGGCGUGUGGGCCAUCGCACAGAGGGACUCGGUGGACGCUGUUCUCAUGUUUCUCGUGGGCAUCGCGGUGACCAUCCUGACCGACAUCAUCCACUUUGGAGUUUACUUUUCCUCGAGCCUCUUCGACUCCAGCGUGUUCCGCUUCAGUGCCGGGAUGGCCAUCCUCAACCUGCUGUUCAAACCCGCGUCCUGCUUCUUCGUGUACCAGAUGUACCGCGAGCGAGGAGGCGAGUACAGCGUCAACUUUG